GCCUGCGCUUCCUGUCUGUGUCCUGCUUUGACAACGGCCUUCAGCUCUGCGUGCAGCACUGCGCCGUCGAUUGGGAAAGAGCAAUUGAGUUAUGGCAGCCAGAGAGUAAAAACUAUGAUUACAAGAGAUGAAAAUGGGAUGCGUUAAUAGAUCGAUUGUAAUCUCGACUGUUUUAGUAGCAACAGUGCUUGUAUUUUUUACUUUUUGUGAGAGCGACAUCGCACAGAAGCAAUCAGACACAAAUUUAGUUGUGAGUAUAGCACCUCAGGAGAAUUUAAAUGCCAGCAUUCUAUCGAGAAAAGCCCGAAUGACGAUGGGAAGAGCUCUGAUGGAAAGACAAUACAUAAAAGACCGACGGGCUAUAAUAAUCAGGUGUUGCGGGAUGGAAUCCUGCACGAACGUCCCUAGACGGCGGAAAAUCAUAAUCAAAAUAAAAAAGAAGAGAACUACCACUCCAAGUGAGUACGAAGACGGAGAGACCUCAUCCCCUGGCGAAGAAACGACGGCCAGCGAGGAUACUACUGUUGGAGGAGAAACAACAGUUUCAGAAGAAACCUCCGUCUCUUCUGAAGAAACGACCGUGGAGACCACCACCAUCGACGCGAACGCCUCAACCAUUAAUCCGAAUGCAACAACUCUGCACACAAACUCGACCACUGGGAACCAUAACUCGACAACAAUCCACCCCAACUCAACAACAAAAGAAACCACGCUGACCACAACCACGUUCACCACAGUAAACGGCACAAUCUCGACAACAACAACAGCGUCCACAUCAACUAGCUCGACCACCGCCUCCACUGCAAGUUCAACAACCUCAACAGCAAGCACAACAACUACCACUUUUUCAACCACUACAACACCUGCUCCCAAUUGCUCUACUGACAUGUGCUUGGCAAUCAAUUGUUCUCAAUCCAAUCCUCAACCAAGUUCAAGCGAAGUGCAAGUAUCGAGUGUUUUAAAUGGAAAUCAAAUUCCUAGAAGAAUGGUCUUUACAAAUGGAGAAACUUGCAACAAAGCUUACAAAAUCAUCAGUGGCUCGGCAUCGGGUAACUACGAGAGUGCCUUCAGAGUUUGCUGUUUAUUGAAAAUGAAUGUGCUCUCCAUCGACACACCCGAUAAAUUUACCUGCAUUUCCAGCAUGCUGAAAAGCAUGGGGAGCAUGUCGUGGUAUGUGUGGACCAGUGCAAGACAGCGCAACUGCAACGGCUCAUAUGUGUGGUGCACAAACCCCUGGACUGAAGUAAACGCGACGCUUUGGUCACCUGGCUUUCCUGUCGCUUACAAUGCCAGCACCAACGGCGCCCCGUGCGUCAGUUUGAACGUCAACUACGUCAACAACACGGCGGUAACAACGCUGGAGAACUCGGCGUGCGACUUCAUGAACACCAUUAUUUGCGAGUAACGGCUGUGGGAUAUUAGGAUUGGAGUAGCUCUGGGCUUACAGCGUCUUCCUCCAUCAAGAGCAGCACAAGUAAUAGUCAUUGUUAUGUGUGUGGCUGAACCACACAGUUUUUAUUAGAUUAUUUUAAGAUAAUGUUAAGAUAGAUAACGUUAUUCAUAUGAUAAUUAUAAUUGGAUUUAAUUGGAGCGCUGAGAAGUUAUCGCACAUAUUUAUCAAUAAAUGAUUUUAAAAUUGUAACUGUAAUCUUUUGAAAAUAAAAAUUGAUUUUUUUUUUCUA